UCUAAUAUUUCCUUUCACUAUGGCGGAGACGGAACUGAAUGUUGACAGUUUAAUUGCGCGUCUUUUAGAAGUUCGAGGAUGCCGCCCAGGGAAGACAGUCCAGAUGACGGAAGCCGAGGUUCGAGGGUUGUGCCUAAAGUCAAGGGAAAUAUUUCUGCAACAGCCAAUAUUACUAGAACUGGAAGCACCACUGAAGAUAUGUGGGGACAUUCAUGGCCAGUAUACAGACUUGAUGCGGUUGUUUGAAUAUGGUGGUUUUCCCCCCGAGUCAAACUAUUUAUUUCUUGGUGACUAUGUGGACAGAGGGAAACAGUCACUAGAGACCAUUUGUUUAUUGCUUGCCUAUAAAAUCAAAUAUCCAGAAAACUUCUUCUUACUGCGUGGGAACCAUGAAUGUGCCAGUAUCAACAGAAUAUAUGGCUUUUAUGAUGAAUGCAAAAGAAGAUUCAAUGUAAAGUUAUGGAAAACAUUCACAGACUGCUUCAACUGUUUGCCUAUAGCAGCCAUCAUUGACGAGAAAAUAUUCUGCUGUCAUGGAGGACUUUCACCAGAUUUACAAUCCAUGGAACAGAUCCGGCGAAUCAUGCGACCCACAGAUGUACCUGACACAGGUUUGCUGUGUGACCUUUUGUGGUCUGACCCAGACAAGGAUGUAUCGGGCUGGGGAGAGAAUGACCGGGGCGUGUCCUUCACAUUUGGUGGAGACGUCGUGAACAAGUUUCUCAACAGACAUGACCUAGACUUGAUAUGCAGAGCUCACCAGGUGGUUGAGGAUGGUUACGAGUUCUUUGCAAAGCGGCAGCUUGUCACGCUUUUCUCUGCACCCAACUACUGCGGGGAGUUUGACAACGCCGGAGGGAUGAUGUCGGUGGAUGAAGCUCUCAUGUGCUCCUUCCAGAUCUUGAAGCCCUCAGAGAAAAAAGCCAAGUACCAGUACGGGGGCAUGAACUCUGGUCGACCCAUCACACCUCCCAGGGGGCCCCCCAAGAAGAAAUAACCUAACUUCUACAACUUUUCAUAGACGGGCAGAGACAAACACAUACACGAGCAGAGAGACACACAUACACACAUGUAUACCGUUUACAUGACUGGUGCCACUUGCGUGAUAUUUACAUACUUUCAUCACAUGUUCACAGACGUUCAUUGACAUUGACAAAGGGCCGCAUCUCAACAGUGAGGACAAUUUGAGUUGUGGUUUUCAUUUUAUCACACUGUGUAAUUCAAGAUACAAAUUUGUUCAUUGGGUUGUGCUUGGGUGUUUAAGCUACGUUAGAAAUAGUUCAGUUAUCGUAUUAGCAUUUUAUACAAAAUUAUAUAAAAAAUGAAUAUUGUGCAAAGCUCAAUUUUUGUAUAGUUUAAAAAACAUGGUUGAGUGUUAAAAGAAAUGAUACAGAGGCAUUUUCUAAUUGACUUGCAUUUAUUCCAUUUUAGAUUAAUUGAACAUUGAUAUAAAUUUCUAAUUGUAACAUAAGGCUUGCCCAAGAAAGGUUGUUGAUUAAGGUACAUUUACUUGCCUCUGUUUGGAGGAGAGUAUGGCUAUACUGUUAAGUGCCUCUGUUUGAGGGAAAGUAUGGUUUUAAUAGCUCAUUGGUGCCUCAAAACAUAAACCAGUUUGUAUCCUAAUUGAUUUUAAUUCAGUAUUGAGCUAGUGGCAUUUCUCUUUGUUUUACCUAUUGUCUAGGAGAAACAGGAAGUUAACUCUUGUGUUUUUGUGUAGCCAUUGCACAGUUGUGUAGCCACUUCACAGUUGUGAAGUCACUGCACAGUUGUGUAGCCACUGUUAAGUGGUGAAGCCACUGCACAGAUGUGUAGCCACUGCACAUUGGUGAAGCCACUGCACAGAUGUGUAGCCACUGCACAGUGGUGAAGCCACUGCACAGAUGUGUAGCCACUGCACAGUUAAGCAGCCACUGCACAGUAGUGUAGCCACUGCACAGAUGUGUAGCCACUGCACAGUUGUGUAGCCACUGCACAGUGUUAAGCCACUGCACAGAUUUGUAGCCACUGCACAGUGGUGAAGCCAUUGCACAUAUGUGUAGCCACUGCACAGUUGAGCAGCCACUGCAUAGUUGUGCAGCCACUGCACAGUUGUGCAGCCACUGCACAUUUGUGUAGCCGCUGCACAGGCACAUUUGUGUAGCCGCUGCACAGGCACAUUUGUGUAGCUGCUGCACAGGCACAUUUGUGUAGCCGCUGCACAGUUGUGUAAAGCAGCAAACAAAACUCUUCCACCUACUGGAACCUGUUAAAACAUUUAUCAAGUUGCUACACAGUGUACACACUGCUUGAUAUUUUAAUGAAGAUUUGUUAUGAUACUUGUAUGACAAUAGUUACAACAUGUAGAUUUUUGUAUUAAACAUGAACACGAAUACCUGCUGUCUCUUGCUGAUUCAAUAUGAAGCCUUGUAGGGGUAGUCUUCUCUUGCUUUUAAGAUGAUAAAUUGUAAACUCAUAUUGCUCAACUAACAUGACUGUAGUUUCUACUGUUUAUUGAAAACCUUGCUGGUUAUGUAUAUGUUGAAAAUGCAAAAAUAUAGAAAGCACAAAAUUGGCUUGUUUCACAAUAGAUUUAAGUAGAUUCAUUUUUGGAAUUUUUUUUUUAAGUGGCUUUCCUGUAGCAGAUUGUAUCUGAUAGAUGAAUUGUUAAUUUGUCGUCAGACAGCUGUCUUCCUGCAUAAAGAAUGAAGGAGCCCAUAGUAUUGUAGAUUGUUAUUGUAAAAUACUUUAAUUACAUUGUGCCCAACAAGCUACCAGCAUCAAUAAAUGAGGCCCCAGAACCUUUUAUAAAUGGCAACAGGCACAUGUUUACACAUUUUUAACCUGUUUAAAGCAAUCAUCAUAAUAACCAUAUGUACAUUGUUGUAUUUAUAUUUUUGUACAUUGUAAUGUGAUAUACCAUAUGCAAAUAGAUGGUGUUUCUUGCUGCGGUCGGUGUUUCGGGAUGAGAGAGAAAUCAUGAGUAUAUUUUAUUAAUAUGAGACAAUGUUACAUGUAGAAAUGAAGUGAAACAGGCUUUCUUUUCUUGAAUGUAGAAUGUCUUCCCGCUGUUGAUGUUCAAGCAUUCAUGAUAUACAUUCUUUCUUCUAUGUAACCGUAUAAACUUUAUUUAAAUUUACAGUAUAUAACUGUUGUGUACAUUGGAGAGAAUACAUUAUGUUUAUUGAGACAAUGCCAAACUAUAGAGAUCUGCUUCUAAUUUGUCUGUAUAUUUUUAUUUCCAUUGUAUUUGCAAGGUUGCUAUAUAAUUGAUCUUAUACUAGUUAUUUCUCUCUACUUGUAUGUUAAAUUCUGAUCGAUGAGUUACCUAAUUGUAAAGAUAUUUGUUCAUUCCUUUAUUAGAGUCUUUUCAGAAAUGUUUCAAGAAACAGCUAGGUGUUUCCAUUUAACAGCUGCAAAAGUGCAUGGAAGCUGGUAAGAUCAUGAAUGUACAUACCUAAAUGGUGUUAUAAAGAUUACCUUUUGUUUGAAGGCUAAAGCCAUUUAUUUAAAAUGUCAAGAAUAUAUCUUUAUAGAGUUUUUUUUUUACUUUUUAUUUCUUUGACAUCUUGUGAAUUCAUAGGAGUAAUUAAGUCGGUUUUAUUGAUUGGUUAGUAUUUUUAGAUUAUAUCUUGCAAUUCUAGAGUCUACUUUGUUCCUUACUCCAUAUAGGAAUUGCUUCUUAAUCAUUCUGAUACUGGUGUUCUUUAUUUAUAUUUUGCUACAAGUUGUUGUUAUUUGGUUUUUAGUUCAUCCUCUUGUUUAAGUUUUUUGUUGACUUUAAUGCUUUAUAUCUGUUGCAUGAACUGCAUUGCGCUUCCUUCGAGAUAAGUAUGUUUUUAAUGUAGAAUAAUCCUUAUGAUUCCUUUUUUGCAGUGUACUUUUUCAUGUUUUUGAUACAAAACUGAUGUUCAAAUGAAAUUUAAUUUUGGCAAAAAUAUGGAAAGUAAUUUUUUGGAAAAACUAAAAAAAAAUCAACUUUAAUACUCUUUAAUAUUAAUGUUUGGCAGUGUUUUUAAAAAAUAUACAAGUUAUAUAUUUGUAAAUUAAACUGUUAAAUUCUAUAUUAUAUUGCAUACAUUGAACCAUUUGAUUUUUCCAAUAUUUGUGUUUAAUUAUGAUUUGAUUUUAAUAUAAUACAUGUUACAGCAUUCAGAUUUUUGUAAAUGGUGCAGGAACAAUUUUUCACUCUCAACAUGGCACUUAUAUAUUUGCAAAUAUUUUUUUAAUCAAUUUCAGAUUUAAACAUUUUUCUUAGUUUCUUUUUGCAGACAGACCAAAAUGGAAAUAGGUUACAUGUAUGUACUUAUGUACUGUCCAUACAGGAUAAGACUCUAACAGGAUUAUACUACAGCAGCAAAUUAGGAGAAUCCAAUUAUAACAUUAGUAAAGUACUACCUAUUUUUAGCUCCACUGGCCGAAGGCCAUGGAGCUUAUGUCGUCACAGAUUGUCCGUCGUGAGUGCGUGCGUGCGUGUGUAAACUUUUACUUUAAACGACAUCUCCUCUGAAACUGAUAAGCGGAUUUUGACAAAACUUCACAGGAAUGUUCCUUUGGUGGUCCUUUACCAAAAUUGCUCAAAUGGUUCCGGUCCAUUGCACAAUAUGGCCGCCAGAGCUAAAAAUAGCAAAAUCUUUAAACGACAUCUCCUCUGAAACGGUUCGGCAGAUUUUGAUGAAACUUGACAGUAAUGUUCCUUGGGUGGUCCUUUAUUAAAAUUGCUCAAAUGGUUCUGGUCCAUUGCACAAUAUGGCCGCCACAGCUAAAAAUAGCAAAAUCUUUAAACGACAUCUCCUCUGAAACGGAUAGGCAGAUUUUGAUGAAACUUCACAGGAAUGUUCCUUUGGUGGUCCUUUACCAAAAUUGCUCAAAUGGUUCCGGUCCAUUGCACAAUAUGGCCGCCAGAGCUAAAAAUAGCAAAAUCUUUAAACGACAUCUCCUCUGAAACGGUUCGGCAGAUUUUGAUGAAACUUGACAGUAAUGUUCCUUGGGUGGUCCUUUAUUAAAAUUGCUCAAAUGGUUCUGGUCCAUUGCACAAUAUGGCCGCCACAGCUAAAAAGAGCAAAAUCUUUAAACGACAUCUCCUCUGAAACGGAUAGGCAGAUUUUGAUGAAACUUGACAGAAUUGUUCCUUGGGUGGUCCUUAACCAAAAUUGCUCAAAUGGUUCCGGUCCGCUGCACAACAUGGCUGCCAGGGCAAAAAAAUAGAAAAACCUUUAAAGAACAUCUUCUCAGAAACCGAUGAUCAGAUUUUGAUGAAACUUAUCAGAAAUGUUCCUUGGAUGGUCCUUUAUCAAAUUUGCUUCAAUGGUUUCGGUCCACUGCACAAGAAGGCCCCCAGAGGUAAAAAUAGAAAAACCUUUAAACGACUUCUCCUCAGAAACCGAUGAUCGUAUUGCAAUGAAACUUGACAGAAAUGUUACUUGGGUAGUCCUUAACCAAAAUAGCCCAAACAGUUCUGGUCUGCUGCACAACAUGGGCACCAGAGCUAAGAAUAGAAAAAAACGUUAAACUACAUCUUCUCAGAAACCGAUUAUCAGAUUUUGAUGAAACUUUACAUAAAUGUUCAUCGGGAUACCCUUUAACCAAAAUUGCCCAAAUGGUUCCGGUCCGCUGCACAACAUGGCUGCAAGAGUUAAAAAUAGAAAAACCUUUAAGGACUUCUCGUCCGCAGUCUUCACGAAAAACAUUUUAACCUACUAGCCAGUUGGACUAGCAUAAUGGCAUAUUUUACUAGUCCGAAUGACAAUCUAGUAGUCCGACUAUUUUGCCACAUUAUAAAACUGUAUGCUUGAGGUAAAUACCUAUUUCAAUUGAGCAGCUUGCAGUUUGAGUAAACAUUUCUUUAUUAUGAUGCUCAUGCGGUGAUAGGGAGUGACAUCCUUCUGUUGGGAAUAGUGCUCCUUGUUUUUCAGAACCUAUGGGUACUAUGUAAAAACAAAAGGCAUCUUGCUUGAAUAGACUGUAAUAAUAUCAACAUGGUUAGAAAAGAAAUGCCAUGCUUUAAUAGCUUUGAUUACAUUUUACUACUGAAUUACCUUCCUUUAAUAGAAAAAAAAAUAAUGUCUUAAUUUUUCACGUAUAGCAUCUUUAAAUAAUUUUUAAACAAUAAUAAUUUAUGAGUAAACAUAUAAGCAUAAAGUUCUCACAAAAAGAUCAAUUUAAAAACCUUACAUUUAUACAUAGGAAAGUAUAUAUAGACUGAACAUUAAUUUUCGUUUAAGUGACAUUCUGAAAGUUUAUGAAACAGCUAUUUUUAGUAACUUAAAUGGCCGAAAAGUGUAAGUGAAACACCAAGUCGAUUCUAUCUCGUCAGUUUUUGUUCAGGUUAGAUAUUUGCUUCAUAAUCUAUUCAGAUUAAAUGUUAACCUAUGAUCAGAUUUUGAUGAAACUUGACAGAAAUGUUCCUUGGGUGGUCAUUAACCAAAAUUUGUUAAAUGGUUCCAGUCCACUGCACACCAUGGCUGCCAGAGCUAAAAAAUAAAAAAAACUUUAUACGACUUGUCGUCGAAACCGAUGACCUUUUUUCGAUAAAACUUCACAGAAAUGUUUGUUUGGUGCUCCUUUACUCAAAUUGCCCAAAUCAUUUCGGUCCACUGCACAACAUGGCAGCCAGAGCUAUUAAAGUAAAAAUUUUUUUUAAAUAACUUCUCCUCAAAAAUUGAUGAUUGUAUUUCUAUGAAACUUGACGAAAAUGUUCGUUAGGUGGUCUUUGCUUGAACCUUUUGGCCAGUGGAGCACAGGCACUGAUGUGCCUCUUGUUAUCUUAUCAAAUUAUUAUCAAUUAAAGAAAUAUUUUUUCAUGUUAUCUUUGGUUGACUGUAGUCUUAUCUUUGAAUUUAAAUUGUUAUAAUUGCCAUUUCAAUGUUUGCCUUUUAAUUUUCAAAAUCUUUGAUUUUGUAUUUAUAAAUGAUUCUAGAUAUUUGUACUGGUAGUACUGCUUCACAUUUAUACCAGAUUUUUAGAGUUAAAUGAUAGCGUGUAAAAUGUGUUCUGUAGGCUGUUAUCAUUGUCACUGGACCUGUGUACAUGUCAUAUCAGUCGCGUUAUUUUCUCAUUUUAUUUGGCAGGUCCUGUUAUGUUUCAUGUAUUCGCGAUAUUUAACAAUAAACUAUUUAUACACUG